GAGACCACUUGGACAAGUUUCUGCGUUUGGAUACAUAACAACUAUUACUUAACACUCAUUUCGUUCAAAUCAUACAAACCUUUAAUUUUCUAUCACUCUUUUUAAUUCUUAUUUGAAACUGAAGAUUUGAAAAUUCUAGACCUUCAGCAGUUAUCACGCCAGAAACUGCACUCACGCCACUCCAUCUCAACACCAUGAAUUUCUUAAACUUUUACUUAUUUUUAUUAUGUACUUAGAAUUUCACCACGUUCCCCUCCCUGGCUUCUCGUUUACCCCCUCUUCCUCCCCUUUGAAUGACUCUCACGUAGUAUAGUACUUUACUGGCUUGAUGUUCUUAACUUCCUAGUUAGUUAGUAAAGUCUACAUGAGUAGUCCCUCUUUUGCUUAGUCCGUCGUGCCUGACAAGAAAGAAAACCGCACUUCUCGCCCCAGGAUUUUGCGCGGCCAUUUUCUUCGCGUCAGGAACGGGUGACGUACACGUGACGGGUCAACAGUCCCAUAUUUUUUCCACUGAAGGGAGGACCUGAAAGUUUGUGCCCUUUCAGGUACCUUUUCCGCUAUUACCCAGAAGUCCUCGCGUUUAAUAUUUUGACUGGGCUCGAGGCUAAAAACCAAAAUGGCGCGAGAACGUGGUGAAAACACUUCCGAAAUUUCCCCUACUGAAACUUCAAAGAAAUGCUAAAACACUUGUGUUUUGCGUCAAAUUUCUCGCUCCUGACGGGAAAAUGGCAGACUGCUGUAAAGAGUUGCUACUAAUCGUUGAUAAAUAUAACUCGGAAAAUCCAGAAUUUGGAAAGGAUGAUGUUGUGGAGGUUGUGUCUUUUGUCCUGUCCUGGCCUCAGCGGCAGUGUAGGUGUAUAUUCAGAGAUCAACUGCACUUGGCGCGUCUUGAAGAUCUGCUUCAGCGUCUCUUAAAAUGUGCCGUCGAUCGCAUUUGCGAGCUUCGUGUUCCUGCUGUCGAAGAAGGGAAGAAGGGAAAUGAACCCACAUGCAGUGGUGAUCAAACCGACGUGGACCCAAACGAGUGGUCGCAACCAGAUAAGGAGAGGCUGUUUCUCGCUGUGGGAAAAAUCUUUCAGCUUCCUUUUCCUUUUUAUCAAGUGCGAAAGAUCCAUCUUUUGCGGCAGGAAACAACAAGUAAAGACUGUUCAAAGUACUGUGAUGUGAAUGAUGGUGAAGUACCAGAAGCCCUUCUGAUCAAUGUUGCCUACUUCUGUGACAAUGGUGGCCUGUCUGCCAUAAGAGAAGCCUUCCAAGAUGCCGAUCCUACGUCUUUGCCAUUUCCUCUUGCUCAUCAUCUUAUCAACAUUGUAACUCAGCUUCGUUUAUGGUUUAGCAUCCAAGCAAUCAUGCAGUAUAUUAUUCCACUUCGAAGACCAGUCAUAAGAUACCUCUGCAAACUAACUGAUAAAGAUCUGCGGCAGCCAGAUGGUCGUAUCAUGGUGGACUCCAUGUGGAGUGCUGUUAAGGGACCUGUUGAAUCUGGGCCCAUCUGUGAUAAGGAUAGCUUGGAUCUGGCCUUUAAAUAUUUAACGUCAUCCACUUUGACAGUGAGACUUGCUGGCUUGAAUCAAAUAACAAACCAGGUUCACAUGUUUAUGGACCUCUUCCAGACAGACCCAGCUGCUGAAAUAGACAGGCAAUGCUUGUGUACAGAACUUUCUCAAUGGUUGAUAGAGAACAAACUUGUGGAGCAUUUGUUUGGUCCAAAUCUGCACGUUGAGCUUCUUAAACAGUCUCAGAUCAUAUUGAACUAUCUGGCGCGGGAAACUUGCCUCACGACCUCUCACUUGGACUGCAUCUGGCUUGCAGCACAGCUCAAACAUGUAAGCCGUUAUGUUCAUGACCUGCUGACAGUGCUCACAAAGCACAUGGACAUGCCCUCUAUUCUGUACCUGUUGGACCUGGUUUCCAAGCUGCCUCCAAUGGCGCACACACGACAGACUCUUUACCUUGCCUCUGUUCUGAUCAGAAUUGUCUGGAGGGCAGGAUUAUCCUCUGCUGCUGUUGAGUCUGGUCCGUCUGCGCAUACAAACAGCCCUGUUCAUGGACCAAUGACUUCUGGUACUGCAAAUGCCGCAAUGGUAGCCUCGGCUAUGCAGCGGAAAUUCAGUCGCACUGCAAGUCUCAGCCAAAGCAGCAGCAGGAGUGGAAGUGUGAGUGACAUCAGUUGCGACGGUGAACAGCUUGAUAUGGAUGAAUCACCAACACAUCGUCAGCAAAAAUAUACUCAUCUUUCCUCACAGGGGAGUGCUGACAUGGACACAGAGGAGAUCCCUCACCCCCCUGACCUCAGACAGCCCUACCCUGGCCAAGCAGAAGAUUACUCCAGCCAAGAAAAAACAGGUGGAGAAGAUGCAGACAUUGACAGCACCAGCUGCACCAACAGUCGUGGCAGCUCUCUGUCUGACAGGCAUGACCUGGAUGAGUUUGAUGCUGAGGGUGUGCAAGAUGAGCUGACACAGCUCAAGACAGUGGCAGCACUGCGUGUCAUGCAGGAUGAAGGAGAUGAACGAGAGAGAAGCCUGGGGUUUGAUUUGAACACAGUGUGCGAGGAAGGAAAGACUCUACUCUGGGAUCUGAUUCAAGAUGAUAAAGCUAUCCACCUUGCUGAUGGCCUGGUUCAAGAAGCGGAAAAGCUACUUUGUCAGUUGAUUUGUUACACUGGAGAGAAGAAGAUCAGAAUGAAGUUCAUUGAGGGAUGUGUGGCUAACUUGGCUGCCAACAGGUCUGUGGUGAUGUCAAUUCAGCUGCUGCCCAAACUGUUCAGCUCAUUCCAGCAGUUUGUUUCUGGUGAUCAGGGCCCUCACUGGGUGACAGCAUGGGCCAGUCGAGAGUUGAACAUGAUGGAGCUGUUCUUUAACAACAUUACCCACUGUGUGGAAACUGUGGCUCAGGGGGAUGUUACUGGCAGUUCCCUGUACAGCCCUAUAGAAGAAGUGCAGGCUAGACUGCAGUUUCUGUCCUCUGUGUUUUCAUGUGAGCUCUCACAACAAGAUUUCAAGUUGAGUACAAGUCAAGUUGAUGUACUGUGGCACUGUUUAGUGUGUGACUCAGAUAGGUCUGACGACACACUGGAGUGGUUUUUACAACAAGCUCAGAGUAAAGAAUUCCAUGCUUUGGAUGCUUCUGCUUUGCAGUAUAUUUUUACUGAAAAGCUGCCAUCUCUGCCGGCUGAAAAGUUUACCAUGACUGGUCUACAUCUUCUACAGCAACUGUACAAGAUGUUCAAAUACUCUGAUGUGAAAACCUCUGAUCCUACAAAGCCAUGUGGAAUAGAUCAGUUGUGGAAGAUAGCUGUUCAGGCCAGAUCUACCGAGGUCAGCUGGGCAGCCAUCUCAUACCUGAACUCACUCUACAUCAAUGCAAAUGGUGGUUGCCUGAAAUUUGAAGACGAGUUUAUUCAGAGAUGUAUGACCAUCAUUGGAGGGGCUUCACAACAUCUCAACAUGGAACAGAACCUCCAGAUUAUGGAAAGAGGACUGCUUUUACUGAAGAGUCACAUCGAGAGCUUCAAAAGAAGGUUCGCAUUUCAUUUGCGUCUGUGGUGGUUAGAAGGAAGAGGGAUUACCUGCCAUCAACAGAUAGCUCAGAGACCAACAGAGAAACAUUAUCCCAUCAGAGUCUUGUGUGAACCUGCUGGACUCUCAGACAGGGGUACAUUUGAGAUGAACUCAUCAGAUCUUGUCGCCGACCUUCGUGCAGAGGUGACCUUCUGGUGCAAACAGCUGCAAGAGAAACUUAGGAAGGACCCUCAGCUUGGAGACAGCUUAUCUCAACACACACCCCUCUCUCCGUACACCCCACAGUUGCACCCCCCUUUCAGGCUCAUAUCCCAGGGGCAUGAAUUAACCCCCAACUUAGAUGAAAAAAGUCUCGCAGAAGUUGGCUUUAAAGACUUGCAGCGGGUUUUUGUAUCUGUUGGAGCUGUAAGAAGAGACAGGCAUUAUGAUAGUGGUUACAUUCCUUCCUCCUCGCUCCCGUCGCCCAAGUGGGACUCCAUCCCCAUGAUUAUUCUCCUUCAAGAACAAUUCUUUGAACAACUUUUCUCCUUCUUAGAAGCUUUGGAUUGCUUUGUCGCGUCAAGGAGUAGCCCGACUGAAAAGUCAUUGCCUGGUUCUUCGAUGGCACUUCAAACAUCUCAAGAAACAGUCGCUGCUGAAGGGGCUCUAGAUCAGAUUGAAGAUAUGGACGAUAGCACUGAACACGAAGACAAACCUCCUCUGCUCCCACUAAUGGAAAGCAGAGUUGAAUUUUUAUGUGGCAUUACUUGGGAGCUCUUGUUUCUUUUGCCAACAAAUCAAUCCAUUCUAAACAAACUGAAGUAUUUUGGUCGUGUUCUGCACAUGGACUCGAAAGGCUGUGAUAGUAAAAGUGAUACAGAUCAAAAAACGGAGAAAGCUCAACCCGAGGAAAAACUUUGGGAGUCGUUAUUGGAUCCGAAUUUCCCUCACAAACUAUUGUAUUCUCUUCAAGUGAUAGACUUGAUACACAACUCCUCAAAGGAGACACAGGCACAGUUUUCGCCCACUUAUUCUCGACUAAGUAGCGAUUCUGAUAUCUCUGAUAAUGAUGACGAGAAAGAGGCAGCCAUACCACAGGUUCAAGCUGCCUCGUGGGGCUCACAGUUCAUUGACUUUGGAGGACUUGGUCACUUGUAUCAUAUUCUCAUGUCAGGUUGUUUAGAAGUCAGUGGCAGUUCACUAUGGACGCAAUGGCGGCAAGAAUGUCUUGCGCACCUGUUGAAACUAAUUUGCGAAUUUGGGACGAUGAAACGUAACAGUGAUGACGAUGAUGAUGUGUUUGCAUCGUCAGAAAGUGACUCGAAUAAGCUGCAGAUUCAGAAGAAGGAUGGACAGUUCCGAGUCAGAUACAAGAGUACGGACAAAGAGGAAGUGAUAUGCAUCAAGUGCUUGUCUUCCAAUCUUAUGUCAAUUGUUAAUGUGAACUCACUGUUGGAGAAACUGCUUCACAUAUCCUAUCAAGCAACUCUGCCCAUCCAUGGUGGUCAGAACAGAGUCAGUGGAGGAGAAGUUGUUCACCAUGCUGUGUCUCUACUGGUUUCUGCUGCUUUUACGGAUGGUACCGUUAGAAGCUCGCUUCUUCAACAGAGUAACUUUAAACCUUGGCUUCAGCAGCUGGUGUUAUUAGCCAAAGAGCCAAGUGUGAGAUUUGAAGCCUGCCGUGGUCUUUACCGACUGAGUCUCAUCAAGGAGAACUCCUGCCUCAUACAGUUGAUGGACGCCCUGCUGGACUCCCUUCCAUUAGCGCAAUCUCUUCAAUCACGAGAAAGCUCUCACGCCAGGCGACAAGAGCCCAGUGCACGAGAAUACUUCUCUAUUCUGUGUAGACUUGUGGAUGGUCUCCCUAGUGUGGAGGGAGGUGAAAAGGAUCAUGAAGUGGACUUGGAUUCUUUGGCUAAACUGCUCGCCAAAUACAUACGAGACUGCCGACCACGUACAAAGCAAAAGUAUGGUAGCCAUGAAAAUGAAGGCCUGAGCGGUAUGUUGAAACUCUGUACAGCUGUUAUGAGGCAUGAUCCAUCAUUCAAGAUGUCCCGUGAUGGACUGGUAAGUGACGUUUUUGUGGCACUGUUGCUAGGCAACACUAGCCACUAUUCAACUCUGUUAGAGUUUUCAUUCCUUCAUUUUGAUUGUUUAGAUGGCAGAAAACGUUCCUCUUACGGAUGGCAUUACUGGCCUCACGACAAUGGCCGUUCCCCAUGUGGGCUGGUAGGAAUGAUCAAUUUAGGAGCCACGUGUUACAUGGCCUCGUGUAUGCAGCAGCUCUACAUGAUGCCGCAAGCCAGGGCCGCUAUUCUAAACUCAAGGCUCACCGACGAUGUCAAACAUGAAGUUCUCCUGCGUGAAAUGCAAAGGAUGUUCUGUUUCUUAAUGGCAAGUGAAAGAAAGGCUUACAACCCUAAAACCUUUUGCCGGACAUACACUAUGGACAAACAACCUCUGAACACUGGCGAGCAAAAGGACAUGACAGAGUUCUUUACGGACCUGAUCGGCAAAAUAGAGGAAAUGUCUCCAGCUCUGAAAGUGUUGGUUAGAGAUUUGUUUUGUGGGGAGAUAAGCAACAAUGUGGUGUCACUGGACUGUUCACAUGUCAGCAAAACAAGAGAAGAAUUCUACUCUGUACGGUGCACUGUGGCAGACAUGAAAAGCCUCUAUGAAUCUCUUGAUGAAGUGACCAUCAAAGACACACUGGAUGGGGAUAACAUGUACACUUGUUCCCAGUGCGGAAAGAAAGUCAGAGCUGAGAAAAGGGCUUGUUUCCAAGUUCUUCCUCGCAUCCUUUGUUUCAACACAAUGCGCUAUGCCUUCAACAUGGUGACCAUGAUGAAAGAAAAAGUAAACACGCACUUCUCUUUUCCACUGCAACUCAACAUGGCGCCAUACACUGAGGACUUCCUGAUGGGAGACAAACAAGAACAAGACCCUCAGCUCGACCUAAGUUACUGGUAUCAAUUGAUUGGAGUUGUAGUCCACACUGGUACAGCGGAGGGGGGACACUACUACAGCUUUAUCCUUGACCGGUCCUCCCCUCAGGGGCGUGAUCAGUGGUUCUUGUUCAAUGAUGCUGAAGUGAAGCCAUUUGAUCCUGCGCAGAUAGCGUCAGAAUGCUUUGGCGGCGAAAUGACAACCAAGACAUACGAUGCAGUGACGGAGAAGUUCAUGGACUUUUCAUUUGAGAAGACACACAGCGCGUACAUGCUUUUCUAUGAGCGAUGUGAUCCAAACGAGAAAGACCUGUUGGCACAGACGCCGAACAUCGAGUUGAGCCAAGAGUUGGCUGAUUGGAUAUGGCACGAUAACAUCCAGUUCUUACACGACAAACACGUGUUCGAUACAACGUACUUCAAUUUCAUGUGGCUUAUAUGCAGCAAUAUUCCACCUUCGGUCCCAGAAUCCAACGAGGUCGUACUCUCCAAUGUCCAACUGGGGACGUCAUUCUUGUUGGAAACUCUUGUCCAUGCCAAGGAGAAACUUCUGAUAAAGAACUGGGCAGACCUUCUGUUGGCACAGUACGCUCAGUCUUCUGUGGUCUGUCAGUGGUUUCUGCAGACUUUGCCAAGCGAGGACUGGUUGCUUCAGGUGCUGGUCAAGUGUCCCAUACAAAGUAUCCGACACUUCCAACCUUUCAUAAUAUUCUCUUCCCGACUUAUCAUCCAUUUGUGUAGGGCUUGUUUCCAAGUUCUUCCUCGCAUCCUUUGUUUCAACACAAUGCGCUAUGCCUUCAACAUGGUGACCAUGAUGAAAGAAAAAGUAAACACGCACUUCUCUUUUCCACUGCAACUCAACAUGGCGCCAUACACUGAGGACUUCCUGAUGGGAGACAAACAAGAACAAGACCCUCAGCUCGACCUAAGUUACUGGUAUCAAUUGAUUGGAGUUGUAGUCCACACUGGUACAGCGGAGGGGGGACACUACUACAGCUUUAUCCUUGACCGGUCCUCCCCUCAGGGGCGUGAUCAGUGGUUCUUGUUCAAUGAUGCUGAAGUGAAGCCAUUUGAUCCUGCGCAGAUAGCGUCAGAAUGCUUUGGCGGCGAAAUGACAACCAAGACAUACGAUGCAGUGACGGAGAAGUUCAUGGACUUUUCAUUCGAGAAGACACACAGCGCGUACAUGCUUUUCUACGAGCGAUGUGAUCCAAACGAGAAAGACUUGUUGGCACAGACGCCGAACAUCGAGUUGAGCCAAGAGUUGGCUGACUGGAUAUGGCACGAUAACAUCCAGUUCUUACACGACAAACACGUGUUUGAUACAACGUACUUCAAUUUCAUGUGGCUUAUAUGCAGCAAUAUUCCACCUUCGGUCCCAGAAUCCAACGAGGUCGUACUCUCCAAUGUCCAACUGGGGACGUCAUUCUUGUUGGAAACUCUUGUCCAUGCCAAGGAGAAACUUCUGAUAAAGAACUGGGCAGACCUUCUGUUGGCACAGUACGCUCAGUCUUCUGUGGUCUGUCAGUGGUUUCUGCAGACUUUGCCAAGCGAGGACUGGUUGCUUCAGGUGCUGGUCAAGUGUCCCAUACAAAGUAUCCGACAUAUGUUUGCUCGACUCUGCUUGGAUGUCAUUCAGAUCCUGAGGCCUCUCUAUGUGACCCGCUCAGAAGACGAUGGAGAAGUUGAAGAAGCCGAGAGGGUGUACUUCGUUUAUGUCAGCGGGUUUGUUAAAGCCGUCUUCAGACUGUUGGAACAGAACAUCAAGGCUUAUGUCAAGAAUCUUUCCGAGGUGUUCUGGUUCAUUCACCAGUUUGCUGUACUUGGCAAAGACGAGCGUGAAUUUCUUUUGAAAAUGGACGCCAUAUCAGUGAUGGUGGGAUUCUAUCUUGGAACAAAAGCGUCUGAAUUGAAUGACUCGACAACUGAAGAUGAUGAUGAUGGUGAUGAUGAUGAUGACGAAGAGGUGGUUACCAUUCUCCCAGAAGAUAAAUAUCGCGUGGGGUCCCUGGAGAAGAUGAUCUCUGUCAUGGCGCUGUUAGUCGAGGAAUCCCGUGGCGAGAGACAAUUGCAUCUCUCAGAAAAUGACUUAGCUGCAUUAACAGGAGGAAAGGGAUUUCCAUUCCUUUUCCAAGCCAUCAAAGACAGCAUCAACCUGCGUCACACAACAAACCUGAUAUUCAGCUUGUGUAGAUACAAUGUGAAGCUAGCAGAAAACAUAAUCUCGUUGUUAAUGUCAUCAGUGCAGAAACUGCCACCAGAGCAGUCUCAUUCAUUCUUCAAGUUGCUGUCCAUGUUGACCGAGAUGCAGGGGGGUCCGCCCGGUAUGCCAUCCUUCACUAACCUCACUCUGGCGCGCAUCUGGGAGGCUGCUGAGUAUAACGCUGCUCUUUGUAUAGACUGGCUGACUUGUAUGGCGCCUAAAAACAGAAUGGCUCACCAAUGGGUUUUGGAUAACAUGGACAAAUGGGUUGAGAAGUAUCUUAUAGCGGACAACAGCCUGAGAAUUCGAAAUGCUUCUGCGUGCUUGCUUGUAAGCCUUGUUCCUAACAACCACUUCAGACAAGGAUUCAGAUCAAGAAGUUUUUCUGCUCCGCACAAGGAGAUGGUGUUGAGUAAGGAUGCUCUCUCCAUACUCCACGAGAUAUUCAAGAUGUUGCUGAACUUACUUCCAAGAGCCAGGAAAUAUUGUGAUCGCAACAUCCAUGGCACCACAAAGCUUGUCAGCUAUUUCGCUGUGUUGAACUACUGCCUGGUGUCACGAACCGAGAAGGAAAUGUUCACACCGUUUUGUACAGAGUUAUGGCGACUGUUUCAUCCGCUGAUGUCGGAACCAAACAUUCCUGUACAUCCUAAUAAACAGGCCUUGUUAAUCUUCUGGUUUCACGCUUGUAUCGGCUGCGAGCAGAACAUCGACUUCAUCACUGAAAGCAGCAAUGUGGCUGCCAACAUUCCUCUCAAUUACAUCCUCUCCAGCGAUGAACCGGAAGUGGUGACGUUUAACAGGAACGUACUUCCGGCGUAUUACGGUCUGCUGCGGUUGUGUUGUGAGCACUCUCGGUCAUUCACGCGCCAACUCGCCGUUCACUCCAACAUGAAGUGGGCUUUUGAGAAUCUCACGAUUCGUAUGAACCAAUACCCGCAGGCAGUUGAAGAGCUGUUCGGUCUCAUGCGACUCUUUGCUGGUCUCACGACGCCUGACUCGUCAAAAGAGAAAAGCAAAGAAGACGAAGCUGUCGAGGCAACGUUCAGAAGAGACACCAUUAUACUGUACCAGAACUGUUUGGACGGAGGAGCAUCCUGGACCACCCUUAUAAGUGCAUACAAGAUCUUACUUCAGACUGAAGAGGACAGAUUAACAGUGGUCGUCAAUCAAGGACUUCUCACCUUGUCAGAUGCGUUCACCACUCUUCACAUGAUGUACCACGAGGCCACGGCUUGUCACGUGACAGGAGACCUGACAGAAGUGUUGAUGAUCUUACAUAACCUGUUAGUGUGCUGUCGGCCUCACAGCAACAAACCAGAUGUUCGCAGCAGCAUUGUAGGAUGGUCUGAGAGAUUUGACGUCGCCCAGAAACUUCUCUCGUUGCUAAAUUCCUACACUCCCAAAGAAGUGAGGCAAUCUUGUCUAGAUGUGCUAAAUGCCAUGCUGGUUUUGUAUCCAAGUGACAUCACCGAAUCACUGAUUCCUAUCAUAAAUGCUUCUCACCAGCACUGGAACAAAACGUCUCCUCCAGGGCUUCUUGGUCCGUACUUUCCUCGCCGUCACUCCAAAGUGAUCGUUAGCAGCAAGUCUGUGGUGCGUCCCGCUGUGCCUGAGCUCAACAUGUUCCUUCAUCCGUCAUUCCUGGACUCGCCAAAGGGUGUGGAGGAGUCGUAUGACGCGGCAGUUACAGAGUACUUUCAACCUUACCAUCACUUUGUCGAUAAACUGCUGCGGUUUGGCUUCAAUCACGACAGGGUGGCCGAUCAAGUCAUCGCUUGCAGUUGUCUUUUAGCAGUAGAAGCCAUUCCUCUUCACUUCACGUUCUUCAGUAAGCUCUGGAUGGAAGUGUAUCAGAAGGCUGGUGAUAAUGCCAAAUACAAGAGUUACCUCCAGCAGCUUUGUCAACAGCCCGAGUUCUUAGAGUACGUGGACCUGAUCUUACUGGAUGAACGAGAAAGUCUCAAUGUGCGAGACAUCUACACCUUCCUUUGCUGUUUCUUUCCGAGGGUAUCGACUCAGGUGCUGGUCAACCAGUGGAAUAACUUGGUGCAAACACUCGUGGCAACGGUGAUUGCUGAUAAACCAGCAGCGGAGAAAGCUAGUGAUGCCGAACUCUGUGCAAUAGCCAAGAGGCUGACUGCGGAGCUACGAGCGAUGUCUCUACUGUUCUCUGUGCGACCGCCGCAGAAGUCUGAUGUCAGCGCGCUGCUGCACCCAAGUCUUGGCGAGCUGCUGGUGGUGUGCCGCAAGUACCAGGCCAAGAAACUGGAGAGCAAAUCACGUCCGCCUACUGAGUCUGAACAGCACCCUCCUGAUCAGCACCAGGAGAAGGAGGAGAAGGAAAAGAACAAGGACAAAGAGAAGGACAAGGACGAGAAGGAGAAAGGCAAGGAGACGGAAGAGUCAUCGACAGCCAAAGCAGACGGAGAUGACGGGCCUCUAAAGAAGAGACGACGAACCCUUGAUGGCGAGGAGCAGGGUGCUGCUAAAGCAGCGACGUCACCAUCCGAUAAACCAGGAACAAGUAAGGAUGAGAGCAGUGCUACAGCAAAGAAAGAAAAAGCCCAAGAAAGCUCUCAGAAACAGUCUCAAAAGACUGGAUCGAUAUGGGGUGCAAGACCGCCCACUGACUGGGUGGAUUCCCUUGUUAAGGCCAUUCAGAGCACCAUCACUAAAGUACCGGCGUAGCUGUUGGAAGUAAAAUAAACACAGAAUGCACAUCAAGAAUUGAAGUAGGCACAUCUAACGGAGGGGAGAACAUAGAUGCACAAGAAAUCGAGAAGUUUUACAUCUCGGCUGUGCGUGGUUUACGCCCGCGGCAGGAUAGAGUGUGAAACAGUCGAGACUGUGAACUGAAGUGUAGAAAAAGAAAAAGUACAGGCAGAUUUGGUUUUAAUUCAGAAGAAAUUGACUUUAGUGAGGUGCUUCGUGGAAAGCGUCCACGAUUUGUACUCUUGUUUUGUUUGGUACUAGGUGCCAUUUGAUCCAUUGAUAUGCCGUCAAUAAUGUUAGGGCGUCUCCAUAUGAACCUAGUAAGCGAGCUGGCCUGGUUAAAGUUGUCCUACCACAUUCCGUUUUGUUCGUCUAAGAUAACAGGCUGGGCUGGACGAUGUCUCCCUUUGAACACCUCUUUCCGGCUGCCAAACUGAAGGAUUUUUCGACUUAAAAACUUGCUAGAAGGAAAAUAGAAAUAUUUCCAGAAUAAAGCGAGACAAAAUUUGCCUCGGCUAGUUAACCGGCCACCAGUCCUGUAACAAAGCCCUAUUUAAUGGUAGUAAUAAACUGGAAAACAGUAUUUCUACUACCCCUAUUUGAGCCCUAGCUAAUGAAAGGUUUCUGCUUCACGGGUAUAUUAAUGAUCGACCAUUACUGUAAAGGUGAUUGAAGUUGUGCAUUUUUUUUUCUUUCGUUUCUUCUCUCAGGGAAGUCAAAGGAAUGUGUCGACUUCAUAUAAGUUCCAAUAUGGGGUCUUAAACGUAGAUUUAGAUGAACACAAUAAACUUUCUAUGAAAAAGGA